UCGAAUUUUGUUUACAAACAACUUUUGUGAGGGUACAAGCUCGCACUUUCGCUUACAAUUUGUGUAAAAAUCGCAAUUUGCUUUGGUUUUUUCGAGUUUAAGCUAACGCCCUCAACAUGAACAUGCUAACGCACUUCGGUCCCGACUCGGGGGGCCGGGUUAAGGGGCUGACGAUAGUGAAACCGGUGGUGUACGGCAAUGUGGCCCGCUCGUUUGGCAAGAAGCGGGAAGAGGACGGGCACACGCACCAGUGGACGGUGUACGUGAAGCCGUACCACAACGAGGAUAUGCAGUCGUACGUGAAGAAGAUACACUUCAAGCUGCACGAAAGCUACGCCAACCCGAACCGCAUCAUCACGAAGCCCCCGUACGAGGUGACCGAGACGGGCUGGGGCGAGUUCGAGAUUGUGAUCAAAAUCCACUUCCACGAUCCGACCGAGCGGCCCGUCACGAUGUACCACAUCCUGAAGCUGUUCCAGUCGCCCGUCCUGGACGGGGAGGUUUCGACGCAGAUCGAGGGCAAGAAGGGUCUGGUGUCGGAGCAGUACGAAGAGCUGGUGUUUCAGGAACCGACCCAGCUGAUGCAGCAGCAGCUGACGAAUGUGAAACCGGUCACUACCGGCAGCUGGAAGCAUGAUACGGAUUUUGAGGAAAAGCAGCGGCAAGCGUUGGAAAACAUAAUUGACACCAAGGCGAAGGUAAUAUCGGAAAUUGCACUACUGAAAGAGAAGCUGAAGCUGGCGCGGGAAACGAUUGCCAAGUUCAAGACGGAAAUGUCCAAGGUUCAGGGACAGCAAGCGGCAGCCUGAGCAAUCUCGAGAUGUAGUAGCGUAAGUUUUUUUUUACAGUAUCAGUCAUUUUAAGUGUACACUAACAAUUAAGGGAAUUUUUCGACUGUAUAAUAAACGACAACAUGAAGAAGAAAUGGUGAAAAAUAUCAAAGACAAACGAACAUAAAGUACAGUAUUUGUAUGAUUUUAUUUUA